AUGAAAGUCGCAACGCUGCAGUUUGCCCCUCGUCUGGGUGAUAUCGAUGGAAACAUCCAAAGAGCCAAUGAAUUGCUCAAGGAUGGGAAAGUGGUGCAAGGCGUUGGGAUUGGGAUUGGACUAGAUCUCCUCAAGCCGGAUGUUUUGAUUUUGCCCGAGUUGGCCUUGACGGGAUACAACUUUCCGUCGUUGAAGGCUAUAAAGCCCUUCCUAGAGCCCGUUGGACAAGGCCCUUCAGCUCACUGGGCCAAACAAACGGCCAAACGCCUACAAUGCAAAGUUUGUGUGGGAUACCCGGAAAUCCACAGAGCAAACGAAGCCCCGGAAGGCGACCCAAGUAAACCCGGAGAGACCUGCUACAACUCCCUUCUCGUGGUGGAUGAGAGAGGUGAAAUCAUCCUAAACUACCGUAAAUCGUUUCUAUAUUAUGCGGAUGAAACGUGGGCAGCCGAAGGCAACCCAGAGCAAGGUUUCCAUCAGCUCACAUUUCGGAACUUAAACCAGAGCACUUUGGAGUCGCAAAUAGCCACCUCUUUCGGCAUCUGUAUGGACAUAAAUCCAUACCGGUUUGAGGCCCCCUGGACAGCAUGGGAAUUUGCUAAUCGAGUACUGGAUACUAAGUCCGAACUGGUCAUACUUUCUAUGGCGUGGCUGACAUCGGUGAGUCGGGAAGAGCUGGACUUCCUCGCUGAUAAGCCGGAUCUGGACACGUUCAACUACUGGAUUCAGCGACUAGUGCCGCUUAUUUGCAAAAAGAUGGGCCAUGAAGUCAAUUUUGAUGGCGAUGAUUCCGAUCACGGCAAGAAGAUCGUUAUUGUGUUCGCCAACAGAGUGGGGGAGGAAGAGGGCGCUGAAGGGGCAAGUUCAGCUCGAUAUGCGGGCACAAGUGCUAUUGUAGCGAUCACACAAAAGCCACGCACCCGUGCAGUAGGUAGGGAACCUUCUCCUGGAAGUGACAAUUCUAGCGAUGAUUCCGAAGGAAGCGAGACGGAGGCAGCGCCGUUUGAUGUGAAAGUACUGUGUUGGGAUCUGAUGGGCGCGACGACGGAAGGUAUCUGUUUUGCGGACACCACGGCAGACCCCAGCAUGGUGUUUGGAUUGGCCAAAGCUUCGAAAUGA